CGCAUUGCUUUGAACAUGGGCUAUCCCAGCCCACAACUCAUGAUAUUCGGCCCACUAAAUGGGCUGGAUCUCAGAACUCAAAACCAGAACAAUGCGCAGCUUUUUGACCAUGGUGGACUGAAGAAGAAGAAGAAGAAGAAGAAAACCCUCCCCCCACUGGGAGUGCCCCGUCGCGGCGUUUGGCGACCGAGAAAAGAAAGGAGCGAGAGCGAGAGAGAGAUAAUGGAGGAAGUGGCGGAGGGGCUGUGGGGACUGGCGGACCACCACGAGAAGAAAGGCGCGAUCGGAAAGGCGGUGAAGUGUCUGGAAGCCAUAUGUCAGAGCCAGGUCUCUUUCCUCCCAAUCGUCGAAGUCAAGACUCGACUUCGAAUCGCAACUCUCCUCCUUAAGCACUCUCACAACGUCAAUCACGCCAAGUCCCACCUCGAACGAUCCCAACUGCUAUUGAAGUCAAUCCCUUCGUGCUUUGAGUUGAAGUGUAGAGCACAUAGCUUACUCAGCCAGUGUUACCAUCUCGUGGGAGCUAUUCCUUCACAAAAGCAGAUACUAAACAAGGGGUUAGCGCUUGCAGCGUCUUCUGGAGAGGGGUUUUCUGCAAAGUUGUGGUAUUGCAACUUCAGUUCACAGCUUGCAAAUGCUCUGAUAAUUGAAGGGGAUUAUCAAGGUUCAAUAUCAGCUUUGGAAGGUGGACUUGAUUGUGCAUCUGCCAUAUUCUACCCGGAGUUACAGAUGUUUUUUGCUACCUCUAUCUUGCACGUGCACCUCAUGCAGUGGGAUGAUGUAAAUUUGGUUGAGGGAGCUAUCAACAAGUGUAACGAGGUCUGGGAGUCUAUUCAACCAGACAAAAGACAACAGUGCAUCGGUCUACUCUUUUACAAUGAACUAUUGCACAUAUUCUAUCUACUUCGGAUAUGUAAUUACAAGGAUGCUGCUCAACAUGUUGAGACAUUAGAUGCUGCUAUGAAGGCUGACAUGCAGCAGAUGCAGCAUGUCCAGGAGCUGACCAAGGAGCUCAAUGCAUUAAACCUCAGUCUCUCUCGGUCUGACCUACAGUACAAAGAGAGGUCAGCACUUUCUAAAAAACAAGCUCAGCUUGAAGAACAGCUCAAUAACAUUACUGGACACAGUUCAGCUGGCAAAGAAUCAUUGGAACCAGCAUAUUUUGGAAAUGUGAAACGGGCCUGGGGAGAUAAACUUGAGCUGGCACCACCUCCUAUUGAUGGAGAGUGGCUCCCAAAAAGUGCUGUCUAUGCACUAGUUGAACUGAUGGUUGUCAUUUUUGGGCGUCCAAAAGGACUUUUUAAGGAAUGUGGAAAGCGGAUUCAAUCUGGACUGCAAACUAUCCAAGAUGAGCUGGUGAAGCUUGGAAUCAGUGAUGGUGUCAGAGCAGAAGUAGAUUUGCAGCACUCUGCCAUUUGGAUGGCUGGUGUUUAUUUGAUGCUUCUGAUGCAUUUCCUUGAAAAUAAAGUUGCUGUGGAGCUCACGCAAUCUGAAUUUGUCGAAGCACAAGAGGCUUUGGUGCAGAUGAGAAAUUGGUUCAUUCGCUUUCCAACAAUUCUACAGGCUUGUGAGAGUGUCAUUGAGAUGCUUAGAGGGCAGUAUGCCCAUUCUGUUGGCUCUUAUAUUGAAGCCGCUUUCCAUUUUGUUGAAGCAGGGAAGUUGACUCAGAGCAAAUCAAUGCAAGCUAUGUGCCAAAUUUAUGCAGCUGUCUCUUACAUUUGUCUUGGUGGUCCAGAAUCUUCUGCACAGGCUCUUGAUUUGAUUGGACCAGUUUACCAAAUGAUGGAUUCUUUUGUUGGGGUUCGAGAGAAAACCACUGUCCUCUUUGCUUAUGGAUUUCUAUUAAUGAGGCAACAAAAUCUUCAAGAAGCCCGAGUUCGAUUGGCCACUGGCUUGCAGAUCACACAUUCUCAUUUGGGGAAUCUUCAACUAGUUUCACAGUAUUUGACUAUCCUUGGCAAUUUGGCACUUGCUCUUCAUGACACUGGUCAAGCCAGAGAGAUCUUGAGAUCUGCCCUUACGUUGUCAAAGAAGCUCUACGAUAUCCCAACCCAGAUUUGGGUGCUAACAAAUUUGACAGCUUUGUAUCAGCAAUUAGGUGAGAAAGGCAGUGAAAUGGAGAAUGAUGAAUAUCUGAGUAAAAAGAGAGCGGAUCUGCAGAACAGACUACAUGAUGCAUGCUCAUCCAUUCAUCAUAUUGAAAUAAUCGACAAAUCACGAAUUCAGGUUCAUCAAUUGCAUGAGCUUGAUGUCAAGCGUGCAAUGGCCAGUGCAUCAAUGAGAGUCAAUCUUGACAUUCCAGAAUCUGUUGGUAUUUCUGCCUCAGCCCCAGCUCCGUCAUCAAGGCUCAUGGAUUUAGACAUCGGAAGACGUGGGAAGAGGAAAAUAUAGUUCCCUGCAUGCAUACCGUUGCUCUGUAGGUACAGUUCCCUUUCAAGUUCUUAUCGUUCUUUCUGGGGUAGGUGUGAGUUUUAUGAGAUUUUAAUUUUAUGAGAUUUUAAGUUAGUCCCAAUGACAGCUUGAGAGUUGCUUAUCAAAAAAAAAAAAAUGACAGCUUGAGAGUUAGCAGUUUGAUUAAGUUAUAGUAAUCGUUUUAGGAUAGAUGUCUCUCUUCAUGCUGAAGAUUUCAGUGAAAUUGGUUUGUGUGAGUUCCUGUAAUUAGGUUGAUCCCGUCCUAUGACCUUCCGAUUGUAUAUAUACGUGGCCCAAACUAUGAUCUCUAACUUAAAUUGCUCCUAGAGAUGUACAAGUCAGCAGUGUAAAUGGUACUGAUACGGCUGUAUUCAUAUGUGAUACUUUGACACACAACACGUCAUUAGUAGUUUAACCAUAACGAAUUUCUAAUUACAACUUCA